GAUCCGGCUCAAUACGAUCGCAUCCGGUCGCUGGCCAAGAAAUUCUUUCUCUACGAAAACCGCCUCUAUCGCCGGGCGCUCCCGGGCAUACCUCCGCGCCUCGUUCCUCGUCUCGAAGAGGUCCCACAUAACAAACGUACUUUCCAUGGUUCGGACCAAUUCGGCCACCUGGGUGUUCUCACAGCUUACCAGAUGAUUGCAUUGCGCUACUUUUGGUACGAUAUGUACAACGAUAUCAAAGAGUUAAUACGCGCCUGCCAUGUGUGGCAACUUCGU